CUCAAAAAUCAACUAAUCCCAUAGAAAAAAACAAUGUCUUGGUUGCUUGACCGGAUUGCUACUGUCGUUUACGCCUCAGAGCCCAAGGAGGAGGAAGAGGCACAAGAGGAGCAGGAGGAGUUCAAGGACCCCAAGACGGCCAUUGACGAGAAGUGCGCCGAGACUGCUCACUGCGCACACGCCCGCAAGGAGCUCGAGGAGUGCACCCAGCGAGUGGAGGGCAACCCAGACACUAAGGAGACCUGCGCCCAGGAGCUCUUUGACUUUUGGCACUGCGUCGAUCAUUGCGCUGCUAACCAGCUUUUCGCCAAGCUCAAGUAAAGCCGUCCAUGUCCACGGAUGAUGUUUUGAGGUUGCAGAGCUUUGGCAGCAAGUGCUCUCGCAAUCCACUGUUGAUGUAUCAUUUUUUUCCCCCCCAAAAACCACUACUUGUAUUGAUGUUUGCGUGUUUCUUGUUGCUGUGUUUGUUUUUUGCCUUCUUUAUCUGCGUGUGAUGUCUGUCGCUGUGUCUAUGGCUCGAACCUCCUUUCGCGUCUGUCAUUCACGAACACAAAUGCAAAGCAAGAAAAGCGAUCAAA